AUGCUGGAGACGCUAGACGAUGAGGUGCUCGAGCUCGUUGUCCUCGUACUGGUGUCUGAGGAGCGCGUGGUGCUUGACGUUAUCGCAGUGAUGGUAGCAGUGCUUCCCGUGGUGCUCGUCGCUGUGAUGGUCGUACUCGUCGCCGAGACGCUUGAGACAGUGAGUGACCGUGUGCUUGCCGUGCUGGAGAGCGUGGUGCCCGUGCUGGUAACGGUGCUUCGUGUAGAGCUGCUCGUUUCCGUUGCAGUACUGCUUGCCACGGAGGUAGUGGAGCUGGUAAGCGAUGUGGUGCUGGUAAUGGUGAUGCUCGAGACGCUAGACGAUGAGGUGCUCAAGCUCGUUGUCCUCGUACUGGUGUCUGAGGAGCGCGUGGUGCUUGAAGUUGUUGUGGCAGUGCUGGUAGCAGAGCUUCCCGUGGUGCUGCUCGUUGCUGUGGUACCGGACGUCGUGGUUGAAACACUACUUAUAGUGCUUGAUGUUUGUGUUGUGCUAGAUUCAGAAGUAGCCGUGAUGGUACUCGCUGUCGUCGUAGUUGUGGACGAGGUGGGAGACACCGUCGUUGCCGUGCUGGAGAGCGUGGUGCCCGUGCUGGUAACGGUGCUUCGUGUAGAGCUGCUUGUUUCCGUUGCAGUACUGCUUGUCACCGUGGUAGUGGAGCUGGUAAGCGAUGUGAUGCUUGUAAUGGUGAUGCUGGAGACGCUAGACGAUGAGGUGCUCGAGCUCGUUGUCCUCGUACUGGUGUCUGAGGAGCGCGUGGUGCUUGAAGUUGUUGUGGCAGUACUUGUAGCAGUGCUUCCAGUUGUGCUCGUCGCUGUGAUGGUCGUACUCGUCGCCGAGACGCUUGAGACAGUGAGUGACAAAGUGCUUGCUGUGCUGGAGAGCGUCGUGCCCGUGCUGGUAACGGUGCUUCGUGUAGAGCUGCUCGUUUCCGUUGCAGUACUGCUUGUCACCGUGGUAGUGGAGCUGGUAAGCGAUGUGGUGCUGGUAAUGGUGAUGCUGGAGACGCUAGACGAUGAGGUGCUCGAGCUCGUUGAUCUCGUACUGGUGUCUGAGGAGCGCGUGGUGCUUGAAGUCGUUGUGGCAGUGCUGGUAGCAGUGCUUCCCGUGGUGCUCGUUGCUGUGAUGGUCGUACUCGUCGCCGAGACGCUUGAGAAAGUGAGUGACAAAGUGCUUGCUGUGCUGGAGAGCGUCGUGCCCGUGCUGGUAACGGUGCUUCGUGUAGAGCUGCUCGUUUCCGUUGCAGUACCGCUUGUCGCGGAGGUAGUGGAGCUGGUAAGUGAUGUGAUGCUCGUAAUGGUGAUGCUGGAGACGCUAGACGAUGAGGUGCUCGAGCUCGUUGAUCUCGUACUGGUGUCUGAGGAGCGCGUGGUGCUUGAAGUUGUUGUGGCAGUGCUGCUAGCAGUGCUUCCCGUGGUGCUCGUUGCUGUGAUGGUCGUACUCGUCGCCGAGACGCUUGAGACAGUGAGUGACCGUGUGCUUGCCGUGCUGGAGAGCGUGGUGCCCGUGCUGGUAACGGUGCUUCGUGUAGAGCUGCUCGUUUCCGUUGCAUACUGCUUGUCGCGGAGGUAGUGGAGCUGGUAAGUGAUGUGAUGCUCGUAAUGGUGCUGCUGGAGACGCUAGACGAUGAGGUGCUCGAGCUCGUUGUCCUCGUACUGGUGUCUGAGGAGCGCGUGGUGCUUGAAGUUGUUGUGGCAGUGCUGGUGGCAGUGCUUCCCGUGGUGCUCGUUGCUGUGAUGGUAGUACUCGUCGCCGAGACGCUUGAGAAAGUGAGUGACAAAGUGCUUGCUGUGCUGGAGAGCGUCGUGCCCGUGCUGGUAACGGUGCUUCGUGUGGAGCUGCUCGUUUCCGUCGCAGUACUGCUUGUCACGGAGGUAGUGGAGCUGGUAAGCGAUGUGAUGCUCGUAAUGGUGAUGCUGGAGACGCUAGACGAUGAGGUUCUCGAGCUCGUUGUCCUCGUACUGGUGUCUGAGGAGCGCGUGGUGCUUGAAGUCGUUGUGGCAGUGCUGGUGGCAGUGCUUCCCGUGGUGCUCGUUGCUGUGAUGGUCGUACUCGUCGCCGAGACGCUUGAGAAAGUGAGUGACAAAGUGCUUGCUGUGCUGGAGAGCGUCGUGCCCGUGCUGGUAACGGUGCUUCGUGUAGAGCUGCUCGUUUCUGUUGCAGUACUGCUUGUCACGGAGGUAGUGGAGCUGGUAAGCGAUGUGAUGCUCGUAAUGGUGCUGCUGGAGACGCUAGACGAUGAGGUGCUCGAGCUCGUUGUCCUCGUACUGGUGUCUGAGGUGCGCGUGGUGCUUGAAGUUGUUGUGGCAGUACUCGUAGCAGUGCUUCCAGUGGUGCUCGUUGCUGUGAUGGUCGUACUCGUCGCCGAGACGCUUGAGAAAGUGAGUGACAAAGUGCUUGCUGUGCUGGAGAGCGUCGUGCCCGUGCUGGUAACGGUGCUUCGUGUGGAGCUGCUCGUUUCCGUCGCAGUACUGCUUGUCACGGAGGUAGUGGAGCUGGUAAGCGAUGUGAUGCUCGUAAUGGUGAUGCUGGAGACGCUAGACGAUGAGGUUCUCGAGCUCGUUGUCCUCGUACUGGUGUCUGAGGAGCGCGUGGUGCUUGAAGUCGUUGUGGCAGUGCUGGUGGCAGUGCUUCCCGUGGUGCUCGUUGCUGUGAUGGUCGUACUCGUCGCCGAGACGCUUGAGAAAGUGAGUGACAAAGUGCUUGCUGUGCUGGAGAGCGUCGUGCCCGUGCUGGUAACGGUGCUUCGUGUAGAGCUGCUCGUUUCUGUUGCAGUACUGCUUGUCACGGAGGUAGUGGAGCUGGUAAGCGAUGUGAUGCUUGUAAUGGUGAUGCUGGAGACGCUAGACGAUGAGGUUCUCGAGCUCGUUGUCCUCGUACUGGUGUCUGAGGAGCGCGUGGUGCUUGAAGUCGUUGUGGCAGUGCUGGUGGCAGUGCUUCCCGUGGUGCUCGUUGCUGUGAUGGUCGUACUCGUCGCCGAGACGCUUGAGAAAGUGAGUGACAAAGUGCUUGCUGUGCUGGAGAGCGUCGUGCCCGUGCUGGUAACGGUGCUUCGUGUGGAGCUGCUCGUUUCUGUUGCAGUACUGCUUGUCACGGAGGU